UUUCAGAGAAAAAAAAAAGCCUGGGGAAUGGAGCAUUGGAGGAAGAAAUUUCCGAAAUAAAAAUUAAAUCACCAAGAUGCGACUCAGAUCCCGGUCUUGCGGCUUUACCGCGAUUUUUACGAUUGAUCCAAUUUCUGACAACGCUAGUGGUAUUUUCAUUGACUGUCUACUUGACAGCUAUGUCAGUGAGAUAUUUGACAGAUGUAGCAUGCAUUUUACUAAUCUGCCUGACUAGCUCUCACCUAUUUUUUCAAGCAUUGGAUAUAAUGAAUCAAUUUUUUGGAGAUAGUGUUCCCGAGUCACCGAUGUACAUUUUCAGCUUGACAGGAAUGAUUCUUUUUGCUAUCGCCGGCAUUUCCCUAAUUUAUUAUGUCACAUCGCUUAUGGCAUUUUGGGCUAUUUUAAUGACCAUGAUAUUAUGCUUCGUCAUCAGUAUUUUGUACGCGAUGGAAGUGAUAGCAGUUCUUCUGUACUGGAAGAAAAAAUACUCGUCAUGGAAAAAAUGCCAUCCAUUAACGAUCGAGGCAACAUCGGUUGAACCAAUAACCAGAACAUUAUUCACAAAAGCUUGCGACUUUCCCUCCUCAGAUGUCAAUAUUUGCAAAUGUGAAAUAACAACAAGUGUAAGUGGACAAGGCUUGGUAGAUCCGAGUAUGGAUACAUCUGGGCAACAUGAAACAAGAAAAAUUAGUUUCGCCCGAAGACGUCAGUAUGUUGAUUCACCUUGCAGUGUGCCAGCACUUUCAAUUCAGACAGUUGGUCAGGUUCAAACUGACAACGGAAUGACAAGUUCUGGAGAAGCACAAACAAUAAGGGCCGAAACGAAAGAGAAAAUUAUGCAAACGUCAAGUCCAUGUCAAUCACUAGUAACACCUGACCGUGAAUCCCAUUUGAUUUCACAACCGUUUUUGACUUCUGGUCAUUGCCUGCCUCCUCAAGUACCUCAACCCGCGAUAUUAUGCCCACAAUAUCAAAUGCCAUGUUCAGGAGUCUGUCCUCCUGUUGUAAUUGUUCGAGGGGCAUUAAGUGGGUCUUGUUGUGGAUCAUGUAAUUGUAGUGACCAUCCGGAUCAAAAUCCACAACUACAUCAUCCGAGUCGAACGCAAGAUAAAAUCUAUGAACGACAUCAAAAUUCUGCUGCUUUACCGCGGACUACAGCAAUAAUUCUAGAUUCUGACAUCGAUAGAACUUCUGGUGAUCAAAGGCCUGACGAAAAGGGUCCUGCGCAUAGUCUUGGAGAAGCACUUGAGCAUUCAAAUGAUGUUAUUAAAAAAAGUGUAUCAUCAGUCAAAAAAUUACGACCAGAGAUUCGAAAAGGGACCAGUAAACAGGAUGAUAAAAGAACAAUGUCAAAAAGUGAACAAAGUUUUCGCAGAACCAAUGAAAAUGAUAGUUCUGGAACAAUCAGCUCAGAUAUUGAAAAUUCUAAUGGGAGGAAGAUUCACAGAUCUAUGGCAAUAUUUGAUGCGAGACAACAGAGUUUUAAAAAAGACGAUUUAUCCUCGGAAAUUUCCACGAGUCCAUCUGAAAUAGUGGGUAUGAGAGAUAAUCAGUCUCAAUUGAAAACAAGAAAAUUUGGAAGCCAGAAAUAUUCAUCCAAGUCUGGUGAAGCUAUUGAUUUUAAGAAUAGAAAACCAGACGAUCAAAGCUUUGAUUUGAAUAAAACAAGAAAAACAAAAAGCAAAAAUUUAUCAAUGAUCCCGACUGAUGAAAGUGCAACAUCAUCAGCAGGCACUUCCCCAAAUUUGAUUACAAAUAAAUCCAAGAAAUCGUGGCCGGCUUUAGAAGAAGGCGCCUCCCAGGUCUACGACAAAUUAUUUACAAUGUUAAAAACGAAAGUUAGUGAAGAAAUUGAAAGAAAAUUCAGCGAGAAGUCAGCCCGAGAGACUGCAGAAGCAACAUUCACUCGUGAAGAUUCUAACUUAUCACCAAACACCGUUGCUACUAAAAUUGCCAAACGAGCUAAACCUCUAUAUCGUGAAAGUCUGUCAACUGACAAGUCCGAAGGCACGGAGACUGAAAAAUCCCGACAAUCAGCAGAUGCUCAUGGAGAGGAUUCAAGAGUUAUUAAGAAAUCAAAUAGAAAUCUGACGAGCAAUUCUCCUCUGUUACAAUUGCCAAGGAAUUAUGAAUCCAUUGAUUCACCUCACACUAGUAAUAUGGAAACUAGGAACAAAACAAUAAACUCAACGACUUAUGAAUAUUCAUCUAAUGGACACAGAAAAAUAAUAGAACGUAUAGAAGAGGCAGAUCUUUCAUUGCAGAGGAACGAGGGACCCAUGAACAAUAAAAUUUCCACAGAGACAAUUGUUUAUAAAAGUAGCACUCCCGAUGCUUUACAAUCUGUAUCAGGCGAAUACCAGUUGACGACUUCGUAUUCAUCAAAACCUUUAUCAGUGGCAAAACCAAGUGAGGAGAAUAUCCCUACAUUCAGAGAAUCUUCUGGUACUGGCGAUAUGGGGCGCCUCACAAAUUUAUCAAACCGGAAUAGGAAUAUUGAGAAUCAAAUGGCACGUGGCAGAAUCUCUUCAAAUAAUGAUAUACAAGAAAACUCAAUUGUUGAUAGAACCAUUCCUAGUGAGCUAUCUAUCGUGAUGGAAAGUCUCAAUGAGACCAAUGAAACUCAGCAAACGAAUUUUCAUGAACAUCGUGCUCUUCAUCCAUCUCUCCCCACCCCAAAUCAAGGAUUAAAUUUGGAAGAAAAUGUAACUAUGAGGUCUUGUGAUGGAUACAUACGAGACCUCCAACGACAGUGUCAACGAAAAAAAAUUGAGUUGGGAAUUUCUACACGUGAAAUGAAGGUUCCAGUAACUUGCGGAUGGGGUUGUCAUGGCUCUUGUUUUCACAGACGAUUAUGCUUGCCUAGUGCAUGUCAGAGAAACGAUCUGCCCCAUUAUGAUCCAGAAAAUUUUGGAUAUCUGGGUAGAAAAAAAAAAUGUUCAACCAAGCGAAACGAUGGAACCCUCAAUAUUUGCUAUUUAUCCUAAUAAAUCUAUUUUGUUGUUCACGCAUAAUGGAAUCUACCCUUAAAAUUCGAAAAACUCUCAUUACAAUAAUUUUAUUAUUGUUACGCAAUUAUUUGUAAAACUGAAUACACUCAUGUUAUGUUACAUUCAUCGAAUAAAAAUUGUCCGGAAUGAUUGCUUGAUUAGAAUGAAAAAUGGAUAAU